AUGCUGUGCCUUCGAAAUCGCCUCUUCCCUCUGCUCCGCGCCACCUCCCUGCUACCCUCCCCCGUCCACUGCCCCGCGUGCGGCCUCUUCUCCACCUCCACCUCCACCUCCACCGCCAUUCUACCCGCACCCUUCUCCCUCGAGGACUACCUCAUCGCGUCCUGCGGCCUCGCCCCAGCCCAAGCAUGCGAUGUGUCCAAGAAGGCGUUCCGCAACUUAUCCAGAGAAUCCAGCAAGGAGAUCUCACGGUCCCGCCUCCUCUCCGCCUCCAACCCCGAUGCCAUCAUUGCCCUGCUCGCCGGCGCCGGCCUCUCCCGCGCCGACAUCGUCGCCGCAGUCUCCGCGGACCCGCUGCUCCUCCGCGCUUCCGUGAAGAACAUCGCCCCUCGUCUCGUUGCUCUCCGCGACCGGGUCGGUCUGUCUACUCCCCAGAUAGCUGGCUUCCUCUUGGUCGGCUCACUCGCUCUCCGCAAGGGCGACGUCGUUCCAAAGCUCGAGUUCUUCAUCUCCUUCUAUGGCUCGUUUGAGCAAGUCCUGGUGGCCGCAAAGAAGUGCAAGGGCCUCCUCACGGCGAGCCUUGAGAGGGUAAUCAAGCCUAACAUAGCUUUGUUUCGCCAGUGGGGUGUUGGAGAAAUUGCUAGGCUGUGUUUAGAAAAACCGUGGGUGCUUACCUUCAACCGGGAACGUGUGAAGGAGGUUUUGCUACUUGCAGAAGAACUUGGGGUGCCUACCACUUCGCGGAUGUUUAGGCACGCAGUGGCCGCCGUUGCCGAUAUUUCCAAAGACAAGGUUGCUGCCAAGCUUGAGUUCUUUAAGAGGACUCUUUGUUGUUCUGAGUCUGAGGUUUUGAUUGCAGUGUCCAAGAUGCCAAAAAUAUUAGGAUUAUCUGACGAGAAUAUUGGACGCAAGAUUGAGUUCCUAAUCAAUGAGGCUGCGAUGGAGCCACAAUAUAUUGUUGAAAGGCCUGUACUGCUCUCCUACAGCCUGGAGAAGCGGCUUGUGCCCCGGCAUUAUGUGUUGAAGGUCCUGCAGGAAAAGGGAUUGCUGAAUAGCAAUAUGAGCUUUUAUACAUUAUCAGUAAUUGGAGAGGAGACUUUCAAAUCGAAGUUCAUCGACUGUCACAAGGACUCUGUUCCUGGCCUUGCACAUGCUUUUGCUGCAGAUCGUGCUGGUAUUGUGCCCUCUAGAGUGUAA